AGAGCCCGCCUGCUUCCUGAGCGGAGCGUUGCUCAAAUGCUCAGUGCUCCGCGCGCCCGGCGUGCGGUUUUCCUCCAAACCCCAGAAGAGCGCGGCGGGCUUGCAGUUUGAGGUCGGCCGCCCUCGAGAAGCCGGAGACGCGGAAGGUCUUGCCAAGGACCCACGGGACGAGGAUGAGGAGCGCAGCCAAGCCCUGGAGCCCCGUCACCAGGCCCGGCAGCCUCGGGGUGGAGCGCGCACGGCCCCUGCCCGCCGCCUCCCCCGGCAUGAAGAGCUCCAAGUCGUCCACCUCGCUGGCCUUUGAGUCCCGACUCAGCAAGCUCAAGAGGGCCAGCAGUGAGGACACGCUCACCAAGCCAGGAGGUGCCGCCGCCUCUGGGGCCAUUCGGCCGAAAAAGACGUCCCCGUCCGGGGCCAUCUCGGAACUCACAGAGAGCCGCCUGAGGGGCAACCCAGGGGCCGUGGCAGCCAAACGGACAGGCAUUCCAGCCCCUCGAGACCUUUCGGUGACCGUCUCAAGAGAGCGGACCGUGCCACGGGGCCCCGCCAACCCUCGGAAGUCGGCGUCCAGCCCGACCUCUCCCAGCACGCCCACCCCCGCCAGGCACCCGCGGGCCGCCCCCCCGAGGCCCAGGCAGGGCCAGGAAGGCGCAGACAAGGCCGUGCUGGAGUCCCAGGUGCGGGAGCUCCUGGCCGAAGCCAAGGAGAAGGACAGCGAGAUCAACCGGCUGCGAAGCGAGCUCAAGAAGUGGGCGGAGAGGCGGACGCAGGACAGGCCGGGGGCCGACGCCCCGAGCCCAGGCCUCUCGCUGGGGGACUCGGAGCCUUUGAUCCGCGCGCUCGAGGAGAAGAACAGGAGCUUCCAGAAAGAGCUCGCGGGGCUGGAGGAAGAAAACCGGGCCUUGAAGGAGAAGCUGACGUACCUUGCGCGCUCCCCGGGUUCCGAGGCGGGCGCGAGUCCCUCCGGGGACAGCAGCUGCCCCGCGUCCUUGACGCAGGAGUCCAGCCCGGGGAGCCCGGCGGGAGAUGCGUCGUUUCGGGACAACACGCACGGGAGCGCCUUGCGGACGUCGGGCUCCUCCAGCAGCGACGUCACCAAGGCCUCCUUGUCCCCCGACGCCUCCGACUUUGAGCAUCUCUCGGCCGACGCCCCCGGCGGGAGCCUCCCCGGCGGCUCCAAGUGCCCCGCGGCCGGCAGCGCGGCGCAGCCCGAGGGCGAGCUGUCGCUGGCCUCCCUGACCGAGAAGAUCCACAGGAUGGAGGAGAACCAGCACAGCACCAGCGAGGAGCUGCAGGCCACGCUGCAGGAGCUCUCGGACCAGCAGCAGAUGGUGCAGGAGCUGACGGCCGAGAACGAGAAGCUGGCGGACGAGAAGACGCUGCUGGAAACGUCCUUCCAGCAGCAUCGGGAGAGGGCGGAGCAGCUGAGUCAGGAGAACCAGAAGCUGAUGACCCUUCUGCAGGAGCGCGUCAAGAGCGAGGAGCCCAGCGUCCAGGAGGGGAAGAUCCUGGAGCUGGAGCAGAAGUGCUCGGAGAUCCUGGAGCAGGGCCGCUUUGAGCGCGAGAAGCUGCUCAGCAUCCAGCAGCAGCUGACCUGCAGCCUGCGGAAGGCGGAGGAGGAGCACCGGGCCGCCCUCGAGAUGGUCAGACACCUGAAGGAGGAAAACGGCCAGCUGAGCGCCUUCCUGGACCUGGAGCGGCGGGACAGCGGCCUGGCGGCCAGGACGCUGGAAGAGUGUCGCGCCGCCCUGGAAGGGCUCAAGGCGGAGAACGGGUCUCUGAAGGCUCGUCUGGAGACCGAGAAGGAAAAGGCGGGCGAGCCCGGUCCCCCGGGGCGCACGGCCGACGGCUCCGACGUGCAGGAGAUGUUGCAGGCCGCUCGGGCCGAGAAGGAUCAGCUGGAGCAGUCCUGCUCGGAGCUCAGGCAGGAGCUGCUCAAGGCCCACGGCGAGAUGAGGCGUGUCUCGAGCCUGCUGGCCAAGGUGGAGAAGGAUUACUCCUACUUGAAGGAGAUAUGCGAUCACCAGGCGGAACAGCUGAGCAGAGCCAGCCUGAAGCUGCAGGAGAAGGCGUCAGAGAGUGACGCCGAGAUCAAGGACAUGAAGGAAACCAUCUUCGAACUGGAAGACCAGGUGGAACAGCACCGGGCCGUCAAGCUGCACAACAACCAGCUCAUCAGUGAGCUGGAAAGCAACGUGUCAAAGCUGGAGGAGCAGAAGUCGGAGCUGGAGAGGCAGCUGAAAACCCUGACGAAGCAGAUCAAGGAGGAAACGGAGGAGUGGCGGCGCUUCCAGGCGGACCUGCAGACGGCGGUGGUCGUGGCCAACGACAUCAAGUGCGAGGCCCAGCAGGAGCUGCGCGCCGUCAGGCGGAGGCUGCUGGAGGAGGAGGAGAAGAACGCCAGGCUUCAGCGGGCGCUCGGGGACGCGCAGGCCCGGGGCAGACCCGCGAAGGACGAGCCCGAGCCCUCCGAGGCGGACGCUCCCGGCCGGUGGCCCGGCGUCUACGUGACCAGACCUCCCGCGGCGCCUGCGGAGUCGGCAACCACCGUGAAGUCCCUCAUCAAGUCAUUCGACGUGGGCCGCGCAGGUGGAGCCGGACAGAACGUUUCUGUCCCCAAGGCCCCCAGGAGCCCCCUGAGUGGAAUCCCGGUGAGGACUGCUCCGGCUGCUGCUGUUUCUCCAAUGCAGAGGCACUCAGCCUUCAGCAGCGCCCGGCCGGCCAGCAAAGGAGCGAGCCAGCGCCUGGAUCUCCCUGACCUGCCCCUCUCGGAUCUCCUGAAGGGAAGGGCCGAGGACCUGAAGCCGGACCCUUUCCUCCGCAAGAGCCCGUCCCUCGAGUCGCUGGGCAGACCCCCGCCUCUGGGCUUCGGGGGCUCGAGACUGCUGAGCGCCUCCCCCGGGGGCUGGAAGCCGCAGAGCAAACUCAGUGUGGAAAGAAGAGACCCCCUGGCUGCCUUGGCCCGGGAAUACGGCGGCUCCAAGCGCAACGCUCUGCUGAAGUGGUGCCAGAAGAAGACGGAAGGUUACGCGAACAUCGAUAUCACCAAUUUCAGCAGCAGCUGGAGCGACGGCCUGGCCUUCUGUGCCCUCCUGCACACCUAUCUGCCCGCUCACAUCCCGUACCAGGAGCUGAACAGUCAGGAGAAGAAAAGAAAUCUCUUGUUGGCAUUUGAAGCAGCUGAAAGUGUUGGUAUUAAACCCAGCCUGGAGCUCAGCGAGAUGCUGCACACCGACCGGCCGGACUGGCAGAGCGUGAUGCAGUACGUGGCCCAGAUCUACAAGUACUUUGAGACCUAAGGCCGCCCGAGCUGGUCCCAGAGGCACCCGGUCCGCGUCCACUGCCCGGCGCCGGGAUUUCAAAGGAAGGCUGGACCCCAGGCCAGCGCACAACUGGGAAUCACCGCGACGCAUUUGGACUGUGAGUGGGGCCCACGCACUGCAGGCCCCCUUCCUCCAGCGGGAGCCACCCCGCUUCCAAACCCGCUGUCUUUAGGAAACUGCUGGCUUCUGCCUUUAUGAGAACACUGCCCGAGCCACCCUGCCCCCUCCAAAAAACAAACAGCCAACACAACAGAGAAAGACCGUUUGCUCGCAGGCAGCCCUGAGGCCGUGAGCCCUGCCUCCUCCCUGCAGACCUCGGAGCUUGGCGGCUCUUUGCUGGUCCUGCCCCUUGUCUGACUCUUUGACGGAAGAAUGUGUGUUCAAGGGCUAGAGGUGUCCCCGGGGGCGGGGGUUAGGGCAGGAGGACGUGGGUCUGGGACGCGGUCACACCAGGCCCCCGGGCUCAGCGCUGGACAGAAGUCAUCAGGGAGGGUCACCCGCUGGGCGUGCCCCGCACGUGGCCACACCCCGUCUACCCCCUCGAGUUUGUCUGCUCAGGGAACUUGACAGAGUCUCGCAGGCCGGGGUGGGGUGGCCUGAGCCGGCUGGGGUCCUCGUGCUUUUUACCAACAGGCUGAAGACGCAUCUCUCGUGGGACCCUGAGCACAAACACGGGGCCGUAAACAGCGUGCCACGUCUAGCUGUGCUUCUCGGCCCUGCCCCGGGUCUCGCGUUUGCAAGGCCACGGAGGCCCUUGAAGGCGGAGAGGGCUCUGCUCCGUGAGCCUGAGGGAAGCCAAGGCGCUGUCCCCAGAGCCUGCAGGCUCCGCCAGUGGCGGCACAGUGCCCCCCUCCCCGAGCGGGCGGCCGGCUCCUGGCCAGUGGGGGGCCCCCAGUGCAGUGAUCACCUGGCAGCUCUGCCCUGGGGCCCCUUGGGGCGGGAGCCUCGGCGAGGUGUGUCCGCCUGUCUCAAGCCGCUGAGGCUGUGGCCCAGAAGCAGCCCACACGCCUCGCCCGCCCCAGCGGGGGAGCCUGGCCGUCGGGAGUGGGGCAGGGUUGUGGUGGGUGUGUUCAGAAUCCCCGGGGAGCCCUGAGGGAAGGAAGCCUUUGGUGACGGGGACCGUGAUGGUUUGUCCCCACGUGGAAGGUGGAGGCACCAUCCGGGCGGGCGUAGCUCCUUCCUGAUGAACUUGGCCUAUGAAAGUUGCUCCCCCAGCUCCUCCCUCUGUCUCCCCAGCUCCUGCUUCGCUCAUAUCUGGGGCCGGGCGGGGGCGGGGGUGAUACCCCAGGAGCGGGGUUGAGCUGUUGAGUCUGGAAUCACUAGGGGCCCCGUGAUGGGGGGCGACUCAGAAGGAGCCUGUGCAGUGGGUGUGGCCGUCUCCCCUCCCCCACACCAGAGCUGCUCCCUUUAGGUCGCAGAGGAGAGGAAGGUCUCGGGUUCUUUUUCUAACUCAAGCAAGUUGCCUGACUCCGUUUGUCUGCAGUGGGAAGGCCUGGGAAGAGGCGCCUGUGUGCGGCUCACGGGAGCCCUGGGGGUGUCGGGGCAGGUCUGGCCCCUCAGGGCUGGGGGGCCCUGAGGCCGAGGCGGCGGGGGCAGGGUACCACCCAGGUCUGGUUUUAACUGGAGAGCUCAGAGCGCAAGGUGAGUGUGGAAAAUCGAGACAUUGAGAAAACACGGAGGUUACUGCCAGCAAAACGUCGCAUCCCUGAUUCUCUGUCCUGAGGCUUUCAGGAGCCACAGUCUCUGUUUCUUCCCAUCCUCCUCAGCCAGUACUCAGUCAUUUCAAAUUACUGGGUUGUUCUGCAGACUCUUUUUCCAGAAAAAUACAUUAUUUUUGUAUAAGAGACAGAUGCACAUGCAAGACCCGUAGAGGGCGGGAUUUCUUUCUGGAGACACAGACGUCCGCGGCUCUUUGCAUCCUGAGUUGGUUCGAGGCCGAUGGCCGCCCCCAGUCCUGUGCGUGGGGGUGGCCCUCUGGGGAGCCAGGCGGACCCCCGCGCCUCUGACGCCCUCACUUCAGCAAGGGCGACGGGCUUUGGUUUGGUUCUUCGCCAGCUGUGGUUUUCUCGCCCUUGGUGAGACCCCCCACCGGAGCCUGAGUGACUCACCACCUGGUGUGACAGCGUCCGUGGUUCUCGCCCCAGAAGGUGACCGCUUUCCUCUGUGUCCCCACCGAGGGGCUGGCACCGCGCUGCCCGAGACGGAGGGCUCGGUCAUCAGACACAAGCCCUGGCUCUUCCCAGCCCGGAGCGCGAGGGCCACCUUGCAGGGAUGUAGCAGUGGCUGCAGCAAAGGACGUGACGCAGCCGCCUUUUCUAAAAGUGUUUUUAAUGUCUCAUUUGCCGGGUUCACUGUCGCUUCUGGAGCCGGGUUAGACUUCAGCUAAAUCUGCAACGGCCCCGGCAGCUCGGCGGUUUGGCUGCACUAGUUGAACGGGGCCGAUGUGUCUGCGGCCUCAUUUCUGCAAAGAGCGCCGCGGACGGGCCAGGCGGCGUCAGGACGAGAGGUGCCGACAGAGACGUGACGUGACAGGAUGUGGACCGUGGGUGGCUCGGGGCUGUUUCUAAUAAAUCUAUUUUACUUCCGUCUGG